AUGGUGAUAAACGAUACUAUUGAGGUUAUCAUACCUCGGAAAACGGCAAAUGGGGCCGGUUCAAGGCAGGUCACUGUGGACGAGGCAAUACAGUAUACCCCGAUGACAACCUCGAUCCUGCCUGUGCACGAUCGCAUACCCAUACCACAGCUGCGUAGUAUACAGGAUGCAAGGCUCUCGAACUCUGCCGAACGGGCGUCCGCAUACCGCAGUGGCAUAUACAGUUCUAAGGCAAAGGAACGCCUGGCUGUCCUAUUGGAUCCUUCCAGACUCUCAGAGGUGAAAUUCAAACGUCCUCCAGUCAAAAACGAAACUUCACACGAGACUCACUUGAAUCCUGUUCAGAAGAUGGUCCUCGAUUUGACCAAGAUGGACUAUACCUAUCCAACUGCUACCGACCCUGCUAGACCACCUCCUAAGAAAUCAUCUCCUAAAAGAACUCCAUCGAGUUCGAUGCCUUCUGGUGUUGUCGUCGAGAUUCCGCAACCGCCUCCAAGUUUCCAACGACAAGAAUAUGCGGACAUGCCUGCAUCACCAAAGAGACGCAAAUUGAGUGAUAAUCAGAUGAAUGGGACAGUCUCCCUGGCAGCGAAAUCCAAGAAAGAGAAAGAGGAUUUGCUUUUAAACAACUUCGAAAAUUUUCUGUCUGAAAUCUUUGAGGCCCAGGAUCGACUGGCUCCGGAUACCUCUGCGCUUCCGGCAGCCAGAAGCGCAAUAUUUGAGGAGUUUGACGAGGAUGACGAUGACACUGAGCCUCGGCUUUCCCGGAAGACUCAAGACCAACUGCAAACUAUGCUGAAUCAGCUAGUCAUUGCGGGCAGACUGACUGAUGUACCUCUGGAGUAUCUGCAGCGACUCCAACGAAUCUGUGAAUCUGCUAUUGAAGCAGCGCAGAUAACCAAUCUAAGCUUGCCUCAAGAUCCCUCAGAGGACGAUGUUUCGUCGUGGUUGUCCAAAAUUCGUCAGGAGGAGGUCGGUGCGAUGUCUGCAUGCACCUUGAUCUAUACCGUUUUAGGUGCUUCCCAGAAUCAAGAUCUCGUGAACUUGGAGGCUCUUCAAUGGUUGCCAAAUGUGCUUGUCAAUCUUUUUGAAAAUUGUUUGAUUCCCAUCGUGGAGGCUCGGCCAGAUGGGCAGGACAGCAGGCUGUUCAGGCUUGCCUCAGACAAUAGCGAGAUUUUGAGGAGGCUACUUGACCUCGGUAGAAAGCUUCUUGAUCUCGUGGCAAAGGUAUGUAUUCAGGUCAAAGGGGCUGGAUGUAUUGUCAAUUCGACAGAAUUCCUGGCAGCAAAACUCCUCUUUGUACAGAACGCAUACAACGAUAAGCUUUCAGCUCUCGGUUCCCAAGCAUAUGAACGAUCAAGAAAGCAAGCGAUGGCAGUCCUCGCCAAGCUCUACGCCGCCUUUCCGACAGAAAGGGGACCAAUCCUUGAUGAAGUCCUGACGUCUUUAGACAAGCUCCCAUCGAAUAGCCGAAGUGCAAGACAGUACAAAGUGGGAAGUGGCAAAAACAUUCAGCUCAUCUCUGCGUUGUUUAUGCUACUAGUCCAAACACCAGCAACGCAAUCACGAACGGCAGCAUCCCAUAGGCAGCGUCGUCCACGGCGUAAUUUGUCACGAAACCCAGAGAGUUCGGACGAGGAAGACGAAGAAGGCGACAUGGAAGUCAACUCUACUACCGUUUCCGACCACUCGGACCAAGAUCCACUCUCCAGACUCGGGCGGAUUGCCGACAAUUUAUUCGAAGACGCAUUGAAAAGUGCACAGCAAAUCGUUGGCUGGAUGGUAGACAAGGCUUCAAAAGUCACCAAGUCUGGAGAUUCGCCAUAUCGGAAUAUCCUUGAUCUGUUCGUUGAAGAUUUGACCAUAGUACUCCCAUCAACGGAUUGGCCGGCAUCCGAAUUGCUGCUUACCGUCUUGGCCAUGCGCAUGAUUUCUCUCGCCAAAAAGGACAAGGCUGCUUCUAUCAAAAAUAUGGCGCUCGAGUGUCUUGGAGUUAUGGGCUCCUCAAUUUCUGUUACAAGAGCGUCGGCACGAAGUCUUCUCUCUGCCAUCUUUCGCGAUGGGGACACGGGAGCAGUCACAGGACAGCAUCUCGCAAACCUGGUCAAGGAUAGGGCACAUUUUGGCAUUGAUCUCGAGGGGCUCAUCUCCCCCGACGGUCCAUUUGCGAUCGUAUACUCUUAUAUGAGCUCUCAGAAAGGUGAAGGUCUCAGGACAAAGUCUGCGAAGGCGUACUUUCUGGUACAAUAUGCCACUUUCAUAUCGAGAACGUUGCGAGGGCCAAAAGGCACCGAGUAUGAUCCCGACUUGGAGUCGAAACUGGAAAAUAUGAUAUCUGUCGUCACACACCAGCUUUCAGCGCCCGAUGAGUUUCAUGAAACAUCGGAUGGCUAUCUCGAUGUCAAACAUCAGGAAGCACAGUUGGCUUACCUCCUUACGAUCUUGAAUAUGCGCUUUUGUCGGCAAUUUGCUAGUAUCGCCAAAACCUUGGCCUCUUCUCUUUCCAGUGAUCAGGCUCAAGUGCGAAGCCGCAGUUUGAAGAGCGUGGUGACAAUUUUGGAGACGGAUUCAAGCUUGUUGGACUGGGACCCCACGAUCGCUGACGACGUCUUCAAGUGCGCCUCUGAUGAUUCCUCACUGGUGCGAGAUUCCGCACUGGCUCUCAUUGCGAAGUUUAUCAUGCCUCGACCGGCGCUAGAAGAGAAGGCAUUUAAACGACUCCUGAGAUGUGCUGGAGACGCCAAUGUUGGCGUGCAGAAACGUGCGAUAGGCCAUUUGAAAGAUGUCUUCCUACGGGAAACAAGAGAGAGUAUGAAGGUCACAAUUGCCAUUGAGUUUCUUCGACGCACUGCAGACCAGGAAGCUUCAGUAGCCGACCUUGCGCGGAGAACCUUAUCGGAAAUAUGGGUCCAACCCAACCUGAUUCUCCUAACCAAAGCUGCUGAGUCUGCCCACGUCGAAGUCGCACUGGAAAGGCUCAAAGCACAUAUUGUCGCUUGCGUCAACAAUGAUAUUGAGAGCAUGGCUGCGUUGUUGAAGAAUUUUCUGGUGUGGCGCCUCAAAGAUUCCAAAGACACGGAGCAAGUCCACAACCUGUAUGCCUAUCUCGUCAAGAAGCUGCUAGACUCAGCGAAUGGAAGCGAUGCGGGUCCGGCGGAGUUGACAACACUGGUAUCUUUCGCAGAGGCACGCCCACAAACAGUGGUCCCUGGCGACUUGACAAGCUUGAAAAGCUAUCUGAAGGACCUUUCCAGCGAGGACAUUCCAAAAUUCAAAUCUGUUGUUGCCAUCUUCCGCAGUGUUUUACCAAAUCUGUCGAAAACUCAGGAAGCCUUGCUGGUGGAGGUGCAGCUGUAUCUUCUGAAAUCGACUCAGAAGCUGACUCGUCGGCAAGAGCUGGAAGAGAUCAUGUCUUGUCUCCGGAGUAUCGAUGGGGUCUUGCUAAAUACUUCUAAAAUCGUCACCUUCACCAAAUCGAUCAUGCGAAAUGUCUUCAAACCUAACAUUGCCGAUCAAUUGAAAGAGAGACUCCUCAAGGAGAACAAGUUACAAGAGCUCGAAAGCAGACGACGCAAUGUAAGAGCAAGUUCGUUACGACUUGCAGGUGUGGUUGCAAAGUAUUUUGAUUUUGAGCGCUACCGCAGUUCUUUCCAAAAGGAUUUCCCGUCGGGUCAGCAGGAUGUCCCGGCAUUUACUCCAGGAUCAUCGGUUGUGGGGUUCAUCGCCGAUAGUGUCGUAGCAUACACCCUGCAGAAGGAACCGAUCGAGAUCCGGCUGAGGGCAUUGGAAAGCUUGGGCUUGAUAUGCCAAGCAUGGCCAGGACAAUUCAACAAGAAGCACGUUCGAGAGACCUUCUUCCAGGUUCUCGAAGGAACGUCUUUCUCCUCGGUGAACGAGACCGAUAUCCUCAAGAUGCAGGUCAUGGUUCUCAGCGCGUUCGAGGAAUUGUAUGCCAAACGAGCGAGUGAGAAAGAGGAGACUGCCAAAGGCGAAAUCAACAGUGAAGUGCAGGCACUGAAGAGCAUUGGUGGCAGCAGUAAAGCUCGUGAAGACGACUCGGCUAUUUCCAUCAUCACAAAUCCACUUGCCGACCACCUACUUCGCAUCGUCAUGUCUGAGACAGGCGAGAAGGCACUGCUCGCGGCUAAGACACUGGCAAGUAUCGACCACCAGGGCAUGACCCAUCCGAAACAGACCACGGCAGCUUUUGUCGCUUUGGAGACGAGUCUUGACUCGAGGGUUUCUAUUGUCGCCAGGGCCGCCCACGAACAUCUUCACCAACAGCAUGAGUCAGUGUGUGAACGGGAGUACAUCAAUGCCGUGUUUGAAGCCUUCCGAUAUCAGAACGAGGUGUUCAAGGAUCCACAUGGUGGCAUCGUCCCUGGCUAUAAGGCGAAGCUCGCCCAGGCUUUCUCCAUUAUCAGCAGCAGCGGGUCCAAGUAUGUCAAAAAAUUCUUGAGCAGCCUGAUAUCGAAACUCAACAUCGAAUAUUCCAAGCUCAGUAUCGAUCAAGACGCGGUGCCUGAGCAUGUCCUCUUUGUCCUCUUUGUGACCCAGAACCUUGCCUUCUUGGAGUACAAAAAGAUGGACGAAUUGUUACAUACAGUCUUGCAACUGGAAUUGGCAUUUGGCAAGAACGGCGGUGAACUUGCACAAGCCAUCGAGACCAAUCUUCCACCUGUCCCGGUCCCUCGAGCAGUCGAUGGAGAGUUGAACGACUCCGCUCAGCCGGAGCAAGAGGCUUCCCUACCGCAUAUCGAUCCCGUCGUCCUGAAGAGACUGGCCACGGCUGCCUGCGCGGUAACGCUGAUAUCCGAAGCUAGGAAUUACCUUAAGAGACAAUACGGUGUCUCGCGAGAUGUGAAGAUGGCCAUGCUGCAGAACAAGCAGACCAAAGAAUCUACAAGGGAACCAGUCAAGGUACAUGGAAUCACCGGGGAGAGAUAUUGGACGACUACUACAUCGGUGUUGAAUUCUCUCGACAGCACAGAAGCCAUGGUACAACGCUGCCGAGAUUUUGUGACGCUUGUGGCAGUCGAUGAUGAAGUAAAGAUCGCCGAAGAGGAGGAGGAGCUCUCCAUGAUGGCUACGGUUUCUGAGCAAUCCAUGGCAGCGCCUCGAGGGCGGAAGCGAAAGAGUGUUAAUGGUUCGAUAGGCGGCACGCCCAAGAAACCACGAGGGCGACCACCAAAAGGGACCACUCCACGACGGUCAUCGAGUGUGUCGUCGCUGGAUGAGGACCCCGACGCCGAUUUUGCGGCUUGA